UUCGUCAAAGUCGUACGGACGGAUAUUCCGCUGAAUCAAUACCUCGUUGGUUUCAGAGACAGUCACCUUCGGAUCUAAGAUGAGAUCGCUACGCUUGCUUUGAUUUUGUCUUCUCCAUCAUCGUUUUCUAUUCUCUUCUUCUUUUCGGGAAUCAUCGUUUUCUUGCACCCAUAUCUGAUACCAUGAGGAAGAAACUCGAUACCCGUUUCCCCGCUACUGUUAGGUAAUACCCUCAGAGAGACAGAUUAGUUAAACGUAAUGGAGCAGAUUGUAGAAUGACAUUGUCCAAAAUGAAGUCAUGGAUGUAAGUGUCAAGUUUUUUUGCUUGUUGUUGUGAUCAUAUAUGCAGUGGGCCGUGGCAAAAUGGUGGCAAAUGUUUUGCAGAAAUGUGCUGUUUUUGCUGUCAUAUAGUACAUUUGUUGGACCAGAGUGCUCACAUAUUUAAGGCUCGGAUAAAGAAAAUAAUGCAAGCAGAUGAGGAUGUUGGAAAGAUAGCACUAGCAGUUCCUGUUUUAGUAUCUAAAGCUCUGGAGUUAUUCUUGCAAGAUCUUUGUGAUCGCACCUACGAAAUAACUCUUCAGAGAGGAGCAAAGACCAUGAAUGCAUUGCAUUUGAAACAUUGUGUACAAAGUUAUAAUGUCUUUGACUUUCUGAGAGACAUUGUCAGCCGGGUUCCUGAUUAUGGGCAUGGACAUGGCCAUGGCCAUGGCCAUUCGGAGGUUGGGGCUGAUGAUCGUGCCCUUCCAAAGAGAAGGAAAGCUGUUGGUGAUGAUGGCAAUGAUAGUGAUGAAGAGACUAAGAGGAGUAAGAUGCAUGAGUUGGGGCACACUGGUACUACUGGUAGGGGAAGAGGCCGAGGUAGAGGAAGAGGCCGUGGUCGAGGAGCUCGAAAUGUAGAAAGAGAGGCCAGUCAUCAGCAGGUUGAAUCUGAGCCUUGUACCUCAGUCCACCAAAGUAGCAAAGAUAUUCCUAAUACAACUGUAGCAAUAGAUGAUCCAGAAUCCAAGGAGUUAUCAAAGGAGAACACUGCAGUUUCUGAGGAAAGUACUCAAUCUUUCCGUAACAUUGAUUUGAAUGCCAACUUAAAUGAAAAUGAAGACAAAAAUACCAGCGUAGCAGCUCAGGCCUCAUUGCCUGAACCUGCGGCAACAGAAAUUAAGCAUGAAGAAAUUCCGGGUUGGUCCCUUUCUGAUGUGGACAAGAUGGCCAUUGACACUAUGCAGCUUGCUAACCUUGGCAAUAGGCUACAAGAGGAUGAGGAAGAUUAUGAUGAGGAAGGAUAAAUAAUCUACACUUUGGGUGAUUCGUGCUAAAAAAGCUUGUGAUAACAGAAGAAUAAGUACAUACUUAUGCUUUGAUGACUAUAGUAAUCACCUGCAUGAGUCACAUGCUAAAUAUAUGAUCAUCCCUUCUUUAUCUGGUAUGUAUCUGUUUUCGUGUAGCAGAUGUAGCUUUUUUCUCUUUUUAGCAGUAAUGUUAGCUUCUUGCACUUUUAGGCUUUAAAUGGAUGUUUGUUGACAACCACCCUGCUAGUACAGGGUCAAACACUUGGUAAAGCUUUAGUUACUAGUUGAUUU